AUGGUGGGCUUGUUCGCUGGAAAUACCGAUACUUCAUGCGCUUUUUUUGAAAAUGAAAUCAUUCUUGGUGACCCUAGUUCUUCUAAGAACUCUUGCACGGGUGGUCAAGGUGAUGUUCAAGCAAAAAUGGGAGCCUCUGGAAGGGAUGUAUGUCGUAGUGAGUCCACUGAAGUUCGGCCGAUAUCGCCUGUUGUUAAUAUGUUCAGACUAGAUGAAGACAAAGUUGAUUUAGACGACGAUGCACCAAGUUUUCCGCACAGCGAAACCAAAGGAUGGACAAAAUUACUGCAAGAUAUUCCUCCGUUUACCCACCAAAAAUUAGAAAAUAAAAUGGUGAAUAACAGCCGCACAAUGCCUGACAAAAUAGCGCCAAAGGCUCAUAGGAACAUGAAGAAAGGAUACGGCCUUUGGAAAGAAGGUUAUGUCAAUAAUGUUCAAGUCAAGGCAAACGUCCAAUGUAAAAUUCAACUGUUUCUGGUUAAAGCUAGUUAGUGCAUCCAUGAAGAGUAUAAGUUACCCUGUUUAUGUUCAUUUAGACCAGAAGAGUGGCGAAGUCGAGUAUGCAAAGUGCACUUGUAAAGCAGGGCAAGGUGGCUGUUGUAAACACGUUGCUGCUUUGCUUUACACUCUGUUGGAUUUUGUUAACUUGAGUUUAAGUAUGAUUCCUGAAGACCUUACGUGUACACAAGUCGCUCAAAAGUGGAGUAUUCCUUCUGGCUGCCGUAAAAAUUGA